AUGAGCCAGCAGAAUCCAUCGCGACGCUCUUCUCCCGCAGUCAAUGAUUCGGGCGGCAAUGGAAUUCCGGCCGUUGCACCGGCAACUGCGAAGGGCACAAGCUUGUUGAACAUUGUCAGGGCGCAGGUGUUCUUCCUACUCAGCACGCUUACGGAGGACAAAUGGGAUUUGACUGUCAAUCAAUUGCGACAGCUUUCCGAGCAGAACGGACCUGAAGUGUACAGUCACCUCCUUCGCAGACUCAUUCAGUCCAACGCAGCUCAGAUUUUUCCUCACCUCCCUACAACUCAGCAAUCGUCACCUCCCAACCCUGCCACAUACCGUCUCCUCAAGGAAGAGCUUUCCAACCUAGCCAAGGUCGAACAAAUCCGCUCCUGCAGACUUCACGAUGCGAUCCAUGUGGAAGGAAACUCUGACCCAGUGUGGAGAGAUUUUGAUCUUCGAGGAUUCUUGCGACACUUUGGUUUUGACGUAUUGGGCACCGUCAUUCUUUGCUUGCAGUUCAUUUUGCCGAGGAGUAUAACGAAGGAACUUUUCGAGAAGGCUGCCGAGAUUUUGAAUGAGAGCCACGAGGAGCUAAUGAUGCUUUUGAGGGAUCCGUCUAAGAGAAAGGAUGAGCUCACUCCGGAGAAGCUUGCUACAUUCGUGUCCGCCUAUCUCGAAUGGCUCAAUCGCAAUGAGACCAGGGCUGAAAAUGUCACUCAAGCGGUUCGUGCGCGCUACGGACGUCAAAUGCCUGCCCCCGUUGCAGCAGUCAUCACUCCCGUCGAACAGCGUCGUGCUAUUACCGCUGAUGCCACUCGUUCUCUUGCUGAGAUUUUUGCCGAGAUUGGGCCUGAGGCCACGACCAGCAGAGAAGCCGUUUUGACCGUGUUCGCGAGGAAGGCAGUUACCGACAAGAGCAGCGCCCAGCGCCUUCUUACUCCGGAUGCUCUGAGCGAAUGCUUGCAGUAUAUGAUUGGAACUACUGGAUGGAACGGGGAGAUCAUGGCCAGUGUUAUCGGGCCUGGAGGCUGGGAAGUUCGCGCUGAUGCUCGGGCUAUUUUGAAGAGUCUCGACCAUGAGGCGACCCGCGUUUCUGAUUUCACCGGUUUGCUCGUUCUUGUCGAAGUUCUCACUGUUAUUUCGGAGAACGGCGAAUUCCCCAUUGAUGAAUUAUGGAAGGACUGGGAUUUCCCCCUUGCCCAAAUCAGUAUUCUCAGGGCCAUUAUCGCCUGUCCUCAGGACAAGUGGGACGUUCUGUCUGUUCCACGUGUCAGGAAAGUGCUCACCGCGCAGGAUGUCGCUCAUACGGCUUCAGGUGUCCAAGCUCUGGCUGCAUUGCUGGAGAAUCAGACUUGGAACGUUCUCGACCUCGUUCUCACUGCACUUAGGCUCGUCACUUCUUCCGGAGACGCCUGCAACGAUGUCUCCGAUGACGCUAGGAUGCUCCUUGACAAAGCAGCCAAGUUGACUCCGGAAUUGGUUUUCUUGGGUGCUGCUCAAGGGCCUCAGCCGUGGUCUGAGGGUCAUCAGCAGUUGGUAGAGAGAGGCUUUAGUGCGUUCUUCAUUGGGCACCCAAGUCAUCAACUUGUCUUUGCUAGGUUGUGGCAGGUCAACAAGUCCAUCGUGGAGAAGUACCUCUGGGAGUAUUGGCGUAAGAACAAGAUGAACGUUCCUCGAAUCUUGGAUGUAGUGCAGGAUGGGCGCGCCGUGGAGGACUUCUUGGGUAACCUGAUGGCUCAGGGCAGAAAUGACGAAAGCCGUGAGGCUUGGACAUUUGCUAUUGAUUUGGCUGCUCUCGGUGGACGCAUGGACUAUUUGAACCUCGAGAAAUGGCUGACAGACCGCAUUGCGGAGCUUUCGGAUGAUUUCGUCAGAGUUUGCCUGGAGUUCUUGAAUGGUAAGGCAGCUGCCGAGAUUGCUCUUCAGCAGGCUGCGCAAUUGGCGGCUCAGGGUGAGCCUGGCGUUGAACCUGCUAUGCCCACCACUGUCAACCUCCGUGUCGAGACCGUCGCCGUGUUUUUGAGAGUUUUGAUGAACAACCCCAUGAACUCGGCGAAUGCUGAAAUUUUCCGCACCGUACAGAGCAGUUGCUUGCAGGUUUACCCCAGGUUGAUGAAUAUUGGUCAGGGCCACGAUGCCGGUAUUCUUGCCAAUGAGGCUGACCAUGGCAACACGUUCGCCAGAGAUGUUGAGAAGGAGGUCGAAACAUACUAUCAGCGCAUGUAUGAGGAACGAUUGCCAAUUAGCGAUGUCAUCGUCAUGUUGCAGCGUCUCAAGGAGAGUGACGAGCCUCGUGAUCAGGACGUGUUCGCCUGUAUGUUGCACUCUUUGUUUGACGAGUAUCGGUUCUUUGCGGACUACCCUGCAAAUGCUCUUGCUAUCACCGCUGUACUCUUCGGUAGUUUGAUUCACUUUGGCUUGGUUUCUCACAUCCCGUUGGGCAUUGCUCUUCGAUAUGUUCUGGAAUCGCUCAAGGAAGGAGAGAACCAGCCUGAAGGUGCUGCCCCCAGCAACAUGUUCAAAUUCGGUGUGCAGGCGUUGAUGCAGUUUCAGGGUAGAGUUCACGAGUGGCCGCAGUAUUGUCAGCACUUGUUCGGCUUACCGGCCUUGGAAAGAGCGCAGCCUGAGCUUAUGGCGCAGAUCCGCGUCGAUGCUGACGAGGCCAUGCGCAGAAGUAUGCCUUCUCCCACGAAGCCGCCAUUCUCUUCUAUCAGGUCUGAGGGCUUCGGGAUCCAGAUGGUCGCCUUCGAAGACCCUGGCGAGCAAGUUCAGGACAAGGUCCUCUUUGCAGUCAACAACGUUUCUUCUGCGAACUUGGAGCAGAAGGUCAACGAGCUGCGGGACUGCUUGCCUGAGAAACACUUCCAGUGGUUCGCUAAGUACCUCGUGUUGGAGCGUGCUGCCAUUGAGCCCAACUAUCAUGAAUUGUACGUCCGUUUGUUAGAAACAUUUGGGAACCGUGUCCUACUACGACACACAAUGCACGAAACCUUGGAGGCUUCUCUCCGCUUGUUGAACUCGGAGGAGUCGAUGGAGAAGGGACCCGCUCGUGAUCGUCUGCUUCAUCUCGCUUCUUGGCUCGGUGAGAUGACCCUUGCUAGGGACAAGCCAAUCAAGCACAAGAAUGUUUCCUUCAAAGAUCUCCUGCUAGAGGGUCAUGAUUCCGGUCGUCUUGCUUUGGCCGUUCACUACACCGCCAAUGUCUUGACACAGGUGAGCAGAUCUCGUAUCUUCAAGCCACCGAACGCAUGGACCAUGGCUAUCUUCAAGUUGCUGAAGGAGUUGUAUAUCCGUUAUAUCGUGACGGAAAAGACCUCCGACAAGGAGGUGCGGAAGGCUUUGGAUUACAGGUUUGAGAGUUUAUGCAUCCACGUCGGCUUGGACAUCAAGAAGCUUGAACCUAGUGACUUGCUGGACAACAGACCCAAGAGAACCGACGAGGAUGAAGUGUUGUUGCAGCAACAGCAGCUUGAGCAACGUCAACAGCAAUUGCAGCAGAUUCAGCGCUUGCAGGCGGCUGGUGUUGCCGAUGUUGCUGGCGAUAUUGCGGGCAUUGGUAACGGCGUCGAAUCUCCAGCGAUGAGCAACGUCGAUGCGAUCAUGCCCAGCUUGGCUCAGCACAUCGUCAUCAACCCCAAUGUAUCAUUCAUGAUACAUCAGCCGGGAUUGAAGCGUGUGUUGCAGCUAGCCAUUGACAAAGCCAUCCGCGAGAUCAUUGCUCCUGUGGUCGAGCGAUCGGUUACCAUCGCGGGUAUCUCUACUCGCGAGCUUAUUACCAAGGACUUUGCCGUCGAGGGCAACGCUGAUUCCAUGCGUAAAGCUGCUAGGAUCAUGGUUCAGAACCUUGCUGGAAGCUUGGCUCUUGUUACUUGCAAGGAGCCUUUGCGUAUCAGCAUGACUAACCACAUCCGCAAUUAUCUCAUGCAAAACGGCGUUAACGAGAGCAACCUUCCUGAGCACGCCAUCAUGGUGACUGUAUCUGACAACCUUGACCUUGCUUGUUCUAUCAUCGAGAAGGCCGCCAUGGACAAGGCUGUUCCAGAGAUUGAUGAGGGUCUUGCUCCUGCUUACCUUGCUCGUGCUCAGCACCGCCAGGAGCGUCCUGGACAGCCAUACUUCGAUCCUUCGGCUUCUCGCUACGCCGUCAGCUUGCCUGAUCCUUUGCGCUUGAAGUCAUCUGGAUUGACGCCUCAGCAGCUUGCCGUUUACGACGAGUUCAACCGUGUUCCCCGCACUGCUAGCCAGGCUGGUGCUGUUCCGCAGGGCUACGAAGGUCGUGAGGGCGCUGCUCCUGCUCGCAACUUGGGCGAGCCUGGUGUCACGCCAUCCUUCACUGCCGCCACGCCUGUUCCACCAGCAGCCCCUCAACCCGCUCGUGAGGCUCCGGAAGCGCCUACCAAAAUGCCGGCAAUCAUCCCUCCUACCCUCACUGCUGCGGCAUCCCAGGCCUUGGAGAAGCUUCUUGGCGGUAUUGCGGAGCUGGAGAGAGUAAUCCAGGAUUCACCAAAGGAUGUUCCGCUUGUCAACGUUCCCCCGGAGCACGACAUCCGCAACUACUUGCGUCAAAUUCCGAUCAUCGCCAGUCAGACUUUGUCUAGAGAGGACGCAGUUUUGGUGUGUGCUCAGAAGACUUGCGCUGUGCUUUAUGCGAACGCGGAUUCUUUGCUUGCUCGCGAGACCUUUGUUACCUUGUUGGACCGCCUGUGCGAAUUGUCUGAGAAGACUGCGAAGGAUGUUGCGGCUUGGUUGCUUCAGGUCGACGAUGAGCGCAAGUAUGUUGUGCCGGUUACUACCACCCUUAUCCGCGCUGCCCUCAUCAACCCGCUUGAGUACGAUGGUCAGUUGGUUACGCUGCUCGAGGAGAGAGAUGCCGCUGCUAUUGAUUACACCGCAGCUAUUAUUUUCGAGGCGACUAUGGGACCGGUCCCUGUUGCAUCUCGCAUGGAUUUCCCUAAGAGUAUCGAUGCAUUCGAAAAGAUGGUCGCUGAGGACAAGGAGUCAUGGUCAGCGCCUGUCGAGCUUCUUCGUGCCCUUCAGCAGGGUGUCGACGAAGCCAAUGAGCUCGUCGAGAAGAACAUGACGGAUGAGCGUGCGAACAAGGAGCAGCUCGCUUUCAUCUUCGCCGAGUGGAUCAGGAUCUGCCAGCAUCCGGCUUCGAACGACAAGGUUUACCUUGCUUUCAUCUAUCAGCUUCAGCAGCAGGGUAUCCUCGAGGAUGACCAACUCCAUGCUCUUUUCUUCCGUGUUGCGUUGGAUUUGAGUGUUGAGAAUUACUUGAAGCAGGCUGCGCAGGGUACUGUUACUAUCAACAGCUACGUCCCUAUCGAUGCGCUUGCCAAGUUGAUUGUUAUUCUCGUGCGUUACAAUGCUGAGGUUGACCAGGUUAGGGGUGAGGCGCCUACCAAGCAGACCUAUUUCGCGAAGGUCUUGGCUGUUAUCAACAUGAUAUUCGCUCAUACGCACGAGAUCUUUGGUGAGGCAUUCAACCAGAAGCCUUUCUUUAGGUUGUUCUCGACGAUCUUGAGUGAGAUUCAGACGUAUGAGCAUGCGCUUGAGGAUAUCCAGAUUCAGCUUUACACUGCGCUCUGUGAUGCGUUCAUUGUCAUCCAGCCCAAGUGUUUCCCAGGAUUUGCGUUCGGAUGGAUGUCGUUGCUUUCGCACAGGCUUUUCUUGCCGAAGAUGCUCUUGUUCGAGGACAAGAAGGGAUGGCAGCCGUAUAGCCGUUUGCUUGUUUGCCAGCUUGAGUUCUUGGCUCCUCACCUUAAGGAUGCGGAGAUCAAGGAUUCGGUCCGUCAUCUCUAUAAGGGUCUGCUGAGGUGCUUGUUAGUUAUCUUGCACGAUUUCCCUGAGUUUUUGUGUGAGUACCAUUUCGCGCUCGGGAAUGCGAUUGCCUCCAACAGCACGCAGUUGAGGAACUUGAUCUUGAGUGCGUUCCCUAGGAACAUGAGGUUGCCUGAUCCUUUUACGCAAGGGUUGAAGGUCGACCGUUUGCCGGAGAUUAGGGAGAGCCCUGAUAUCUCUGAUGAUUAUCUUCAGAUUAUUGAGGAGUCUGGAGUCAAGCCUAGCUUGGAUGCGUACCUUGCCAACCAUCAGGCGAAGCAGACUUCGGAUUUCCCGAAGUUGCUGUUGACGAGGGUUCUUGCAGCUCCUCAUGCGAUGGACGUCGACUCUCACUUCCCUGAGCAUGUCAAGGUUGAUCGGUUCUUGCUUGGGGCUAUUGUGUUGUACGUCGGUAUUGACGCGAUUAAGGAGGCGAAUGCCAAGUCGAACGGUGGACCUCCUUCGUUCCAGCCCAAGUCUGCGCAUAUGGCGCUUUUGACUACGCUCUUUGACGAACUUAACCCCGAGGGUCGGUACUACUUCCUCGGUGCCAUUGCGAACCAGUUGAGAUUCCCCAGCAGCCACACUCACUACUACAGCUGCGUCCUCCUUUCCCUCUUCAGCAACGCGAACGAUGAUGUUUCGAGCAAAGAGCAGAUAACGCGUAUCCUUUUGGAGAGGUUGAUCUGCAACCGUCCACACCCCUGGGGGUUGUUGAUUACGUUUACGGAGUUGUUGAAGAAUACGCAUUACAACUUCUGGGCUUUGCCGUUUAUCAAGAGUGCGCCUGAGGUUGAGCGGUUGUUCAAUUCGCUGUAUUCUCAUAUCAAUGCGCCUACUGCUGGGCCUCCUGGACAGUUUGCGCCGGGGGUUAUUGGGCAACCCGAGGCGGUCUAA